GUGCAGGCAAUAUCGAGACCUGCCUCGAUUGUAUUUCACAAGGCGGAGUUUGGGGCCCUCUGCUCUCUCUUUCCGCCGUACCCGCCAUCUUGUUGAGACCGGGGUAAUCAGGCAUCAUGACGAACACCAGAGGCAAGAGGAGGGGGACGAGGUACAUGUUCAGCAGGCAGUUCCGCAAACAUGGUCCGAUUCCCCUGUCCACAUACAUGCGCAUCUACAAGAAGGGAGACAUUGUUGAUAUCAAGGGCACAGGUACCAUUCAGAAAGGAAUGCCUCACAAGUGUUACCAUGGCAAGACUGGACGUGUCUACAAUGUAACCCAGCAUGCUGUCGGCAUUAUUGUCAACAAGCAGGUCAAGGGUAAGAUUCUGGCCAAGAGGAUCAACGUGCGUAUUGAGCAUGUGAAGCACUCAAAGAGCAGGGACAGUUUCCUGCAGCGUGUCAAGGCGAACGAGGCCAAGAAGAUGGAGGCCAAGCAGAAAGGUAGCUGGAUUGAGCUGAAACGCCAGCCGGCUCCUCCACGCGACGCUCACUUCGUCAGCACCAAGAAAAACGAGCCUCAGCUGCUGGAGCCCAUCCCCUACGAGUUCAUGGCAUAGAGAGCGCUCAAAUAAACGAUAUUUGUACACAC